AGCUUUGUCUCCUCCUCCAUCAGGGUGGGGAUGACUUCAGCAGAAAAUGGGAGCUCUGGGGGACCAGAAUGGGAGGGCGAUGGGGAUGGCGGCCCAAGCUGAUGCUAUUGCUCUUUGGUUUUCAGUCUGAGGACUCUGACCUGCCUUACCCACCACCCCAACGGGAACCCAACAUCUUCAUGGUCCCCCAAGGGAUCAAACCGGUCCUGCAGCGCACGGCCAUCGAGAUCCUGGCCUGGGGGCUGAGGAACCUCAAGAGCUACCAGCUGGCCAGUGUCACCUCACCCAGCCUGCUGGUGGAGUGCGGGGGGCAGCUUGUGCAGUCCUGUGUCAUCAAGAAUGUCAAGAAAAACCCCAACUUCGACGUCUGUGUGCUCUUCAUGGAAGUGCGUCUGCCCAGCGAGAGCCUCUACAGCCCCCCCAUCAUCAUCAAAAUCAUCGACAACCGCCCGUUCGGCCGCAGGCCCGUGGUGGGGCAGUGCACCAUCCGCUCUCUGGAGGAAUUCUACUGCGACCCCUACGGUGGGGAGACGAAUGGUGCCCAGGAGCAUGCAGAUGAUGUAAGCCUCACGCCCAGGGAUGAUGUCCUCAUUGACAUUGAUGACAAAGAGCCUCUCCUUCCCACCCAGCUUGUGGAGGGCAUGACCAGCUCAGCACUAAUUAACCCUCCAGCUUCUCGGUCCGAGCCUCAACACUCAAGCAGAUGUGGCGUGGAUGUCCCACUGGGGCUGGUCGCUGGGGUCCCACAACAACACAGAACAGAGGGAGGUGUCUGCUAAGCUCUGUGCUUUCGACCUGCUUUGGAUGGAUGCCUUUUAAGAACCGUGCUGGAAAGGGAACUGUUUAGGGUCAGUUUUCCAUCCUCCUCUUUUUUCAAUUGCUUUUACAGAGCGAGGCAAAACAGGAGCUGAAUCCCCACGGCUCCCUGUGGCUUGGGACGCUUUGGUUGUAUGAAACACAAAUAAACCCUUGAAUGGCAAGUCAGCAAAGCCAUCCCAAUCAAAGAAAAAACAAAAAGUCUGAAUCUGCAAACCGUUUGGAAUGAUUGGUUAUUUGCUGUGUUGUCUAGAUCCAAAAUCAAAGCACAUGUUUUACGGCUUAUCCUGUUACCAUCAGCUGGAAGGGCUCUUGGUGUUGGAUAUCUCCCGGUGGAAGCGGGUGCCAAUGGCCCGUGCUGCAGCCCAGCUGUCCCCUCUGGCUGGCUUUGUUCUCCUGCUGCUCUGUCCAUGCCUGGGGACAGCCCAUGGCACUGCUGUUGACGUGCUUGGGGCGUGGGAUGUGCUUGGGGACAGCCCAUGGCAGUGCGUGGGACACGCUCAGGGCAGGUCUCUGCAGAGGGCUGAAGGAUCAGGAUAAGCUGAGGAUAACCCAGGGGAAAAUUCCUCCUUGGGAAGAGCUUGAGGUGAAGGGAUGUGGGGAGGUGAUGAGCAUGAAAAAGUCUUCCUCAGCUCCCUGGGUGUAGGGUGACCCAUCCAUCCCAGUGCUUUGGCUGGGGUCUCCUGGCUGGGACUCACACUGGAGCAGAGGAGGAGUGUGGAUGUGGUGUUUUCCAAGGCUGAGACCCAGGGUACCAUCUGCAGAAACACGAUAACCAACAUCAGGGGAGGUGAACCCAUAAAGGGUCGAGCUGUUUUGGCAGAGAUCUGCUCGUCCCAGCUGCAAAGCUUCCUCCCAGCAGGAAAUCUGCUGCCCAGAUGGGAGCUGUGGGGAUGUCUUGAGUCUGGGGCAGUGGCUCAGCUUCUCUAGAGGCAAUAUUUAUUAGUGCUGUGAUUAUCUAUUAUUCCCCCAGAGACAUGUGAAAUUAUUAGAAGAGCAAAAAUAAUGGUUAAGACUUCAGUUCUGCCAUACCUGUUCUGCUCCUGGCUUUGCUGUCUGGCCAGUAACCUGUCUGUGCCUCAGUUUCCCCACCUGUGGCCUGGCUGAGGUUCACCAGAACCCAACACACCCAUUCCAAGGCAAAUCCUCAGCUUCCCACAGCUCUUUUUGCUCCAGACUGAAAUGACCUGUCCAGUGCAUUUUGUGAAACACAUCGGGUUGUGUUGGGUUGGGUUGAGUUGAGUUGUGUUGGGUUGAGUU